CGGCGGCCUCGGCCUGAGCGGCGCCGCGAGCGGCUCGGACAUGGCGGAGGAGGACACGGAGCUCGAGAGGAAAGCUGUAGAAGAGUUACUUAAAGAGGCRAAACGUGGCCGGACUCGAGCUGAAACAAUGGGAGCUAUGGGAUGGUUGAAAUGUCCUCUUGCUGGUACAAAUAAAAGAUUUCUUGUUAAUACCAUCAAAAACACAUUGCCUGCCCAGAAAGAGCAAGAGCAAGACCGGGAGCCUGAGGAAGUCAGCAAGGAGCCUGAGCCAAACAAAAGCAGGAAGGAGGAAAAACCAAAGAAGCGCCGAAUCCAUCCCUACACCCCCAGCUUUCAGGCCAGGAGGAGAGUCAGCUACUCUCCUCCCAGGCAUCGGAACAGGAGCCAGCACACAAAGGAUAAGUAUGAAAAACGAGCAAGCAAGCGAUGAGGAAAAGGAGUGCGUGCCACCACAAGCCCAGAAUGGCAUUAACUGUUGGACUGCAGGGAUGUUUCAGGUUUUCAGCCAGAGAUGACCCUCAAAAUCGAUUUUUGAGCAGAGAGUUGGUUUUGUGAGACGUAGCCUUGAGGYAGAUUUAUAAGACUUGUUGUCGGGACCUUUAAGAGAAAAGUAAAGGUGCAGCAUAAAUCUCUCAGUUGUUUUAGCACAGACACUCCCUUCAUCCCCCUCCGUCUGGGUAAGCAUUGGGUCUUGGUAAUGGAGCUUAGAAUAUGUUACACUGAUACAGUUUCUUUAGUCACUUCAUCCUUUGAGAAAUAAGUUUAAAUUAAGCAGAAGUCUAUUUAUUGUGAAACCUUGCCAGAACUUCUUUGCUGCKAAAUCAAUGAAGAAGUUUUGCUUGUUUGGGUGAGUUUAGUUUGCCAGAAAUUGAAAGAAGGGAGAAUUGGUCCAUACUUGGUCACACACGUAUAUUUUAGGUAGCAUAUAAGAAUUUGGUUUCUCUAAACAGUAUAAAAAGUACAGUUUUAAAGUUGACAAUACUGACUUUACCUCCCUGGAGAAAUCCCCAGGAAAUUCUGCUUGUUAUUGUAUUAAUCACAAACCUGUCAUAGAUUAUAACAAUAAACAUUACCCCUAAAAAGCCAUAACUGCAAUAAUUGUCUUUGUUUAGACUUCCCUCUGUAAGGAARUAGUUUGAAGAGUUCAUUGUCAUGGUGCUUUCAGAACAAACCUUGGAGACACAACGGUCAUGUCUGUCCCCAGCUAUGACGUUUCUAAGUAAAUGUGUAAUAGUAGAAAUGCAGAGAUUUAAAAACAGUCAAAUGCUCUCCCUUCAAGCCCUUGUGACAGUAUCGUAGUGGUGCAGUUCUUAAGUUUGAGACUGCAAACAGCUAGAAUUACGAUCAGCACAUUCUGUGUCUUUUUGUGUUGCAGACCAUUUUACAUGGAAGUCACUGUAUUUCCCUAUCCUCAGAACUAAUUGUUUUAAACGUAGGAUUCAGUUUUAGAGUUUAAGUGUGCUGACAAUAAAAGCUGAUGUGUUAAAGUGCUUUGUGGCAUUUAUACUUUUAAUGGGUUUCUUACUAAGCUGCAAUGGGUGUAUGUCAUCCAGCAGAAAGGAGCAGUCAGUGUUUCGAGGUCCUUCCGUGCUGUGUCAGAGCAGAGAGUGCCAUCUAUAGGUUAAUCUAUAUCUUGUGCUGUUAUACAUGUCUUGCUUGGAAAGAUCAUGUUAACCAGGUGAAGGAGAGACCCAAGUGGAGAUCUGCUGGGACCGAAUUUUGAUCUAGUAGCAAGAAUUACUUUUCUCAACAGUGGAAAGGCAGUUAAACUGGUGCAGAGGCCCCCAGUGAAUCUUAGGGUCGUUGUAUCCAUCAAAUCUCCAUGAAGAUAUGUAGCUUGUUUCUCUAUUUAUCUGCAGGGACCGCAACACUAUAGUAGAAGUUAUCCCUGCCUUUCAAAAAUCUCUAAGUGGGAACAAAAGGAAAAGUAGUAUCUGGAAAACGUAGGAUUAGUGAGRUUUUGAGUAAAAACAUCCAGGUGUCUCUCUUUGAGUUAAAUAAUCAGACUUCGUUUCCAGUCUUUAUUUUGCUGGACACUGCUCGUUUCCCCCUUGAUACUUCCCAUGGAAGGACAUCAUUUAUACUGGUAUGUGUGCCAGCCUCUGCUGCAGUGGCACUGCUGGACAGACAUGGAUUUGCAGCAGAGAAAUCCUCUCAAACUUGCUUAGGAUGAGGACUGGAGAUGGUUGUAGGCUUUUCUGAGGGCUUUCCACACUCCCACCUUCUGACACACCUUAAGGAUAGAUGCUGCUCCUCAUCUUUUAUUAAUUUAAGGCAGAUAUGGGGGCAUGGAAAAAUGGCUAGACUAUGCUUUCAAAAUUAGUCUGGUUCUCUGAUGGACAGUGCCUCCAUAUUAAAGCUGGAGAACUUGGAAUGACCAAAAACGUGUAACUGAAGAAAAUUGUCUUCAGCAGCAGUGGUAGGUUCAGAUAUAGUGGUUAUUUAUUUAUUUGUUUAUUUUCUGAAUUGGAAAACAUACCUAUAUUAUAUUCUGUUGGUUCAUAUCUCACAUUUUAUUAGGACAUUUAAUGAGAACUUGUUCUUCAAGUUCUUCAACUUGUUCUUCUUGUGUUCUUCAAUAGAUAUUCUUAAAUCAAGGCAAAUCUUUACCUGUUUGUGUGAAUGUGCCUUACUGUAGAUCCCCUUCUAAUCUAACUUCUGGGUUAGGAUUUCUGGAUUAGGCAGUCUGAGAUCCAAGAAAAGUGCAUGAUAAAAAAAUAAACUUUGUUACUAUCUUCUUAAUUAUAUAAAAAAAAUGCUGCAUGAAGCCAGAUUAGUAUUAUAAACUCCUCUAUUGCACAACAGCAGCAUCACAAUUAUACCUCAAAGAUAAGAUUUAAUCUCUGAAACUUGAAUUUGAACAGGUCUUUCAAAGCACAGUAUUAUC